AUGCCGGACACGACGUCCGACCCUGCUUCCGGGCCUGAGGAUGUCGGGAUGAUUGAUCCUGAUCCUGCCACUUUGACCUCAGACCACACAUCCAAGCUCCAACAAUGGCUUCAUCCUACUGACUAUCUGGCGGACUCAAGUGAGUUCCGUCGCCAUCUACUGUCACAAGCACCCGGAACAGGAAUCUGGCUCUGUGAAGCAUCACGUUUUCAGCAAUGGCAUGGAUCCAAUGUUCACGGGACAUUGUGGAUCAAAGGAGUUCCUGGAGCAGGAAAAUCUGUUAUGGCUGCUUCCAUGAUUGAGUACUUGAGAAUUACAGAGAAUGUUCCUGUGCUUUUCUUCUUCUUUCGCCAUAUCGUUGAAGCAAAUCGAAAGCCACGUGAUCUCGUGCGCAACUUUCUUGCACAGUUACUUCCAUACAGCGCUCGACUCCAAAGUGUGCUUUACCCUUUACUUAAAGAUGGAGCUAGAAUGGAAGAGAUGUCUGAUGAGAAUCUAUGGGAGCACAUGUUGCUUGGACUGUCCUCCGUGGAAAAAGCCUAUUGCGUUAUCGAUGCCCUGGACGAGAUGGAACUAGGACCCAAGGAUGGGUUUCUUCAACGACUCAACUCUCUGGCCACGUUCCGUCCAGAUUCCUUCAAAGUCUCGAUGACUAGCAGAUCUAAACAAUAUUUGCAGAGUGGUCUGAAAGAUGCAUCUAUUGUUCACAUUAGUCUGGAGGAUGACCUCGUUGGCAAGGACAUCGCAGUCUUCGUCUCACACCAAUUGAGAACGGUCCUAUCAGAUGAGCAGACGCGACUUCGAGAUUCUCUCACGUCAAUUAUCUGUGAACGGUCGAAAGGGUUAUUUCUCUAUGCCAAACUGUUGAUUGACCAAGUCAUCCCCACACUUCAGUCAGGUAAUUUGGACACCGAGCAACUCGCCAACACGCUUCCCAUAGGUCUGGAAGAGAUGUAUGACAGCAUGCUGUUCAAGCAGACGCAAGCUCUGAGGGUUGAUCAAAACAUACAGGUCUUCUUGCUCCAAGCAGUCAAUCAUUCCUCCAGGGCUCUGCGGUUGAAUGAACUUGCCAGUGCGCUGACCUGCGCCUUCCCCCGUAUCGAACUAGCAACUGCUAAGACGAUUACGAGAAGUGCUUGCUCCCCUCUCCUUCAGAUUCUAGAGGACGAGACCAUUCAGGUCAUCCAUCGCUCCUUCACAGAAUAA